ACGCGCGCUUUCGUUGAUCACACCGUAGCAGUAGCCAGAUACUCGAGAGGCACUGCCCACCCAUUGCUCUUAGAGGUAUCGUCACCAUACAUACCUAAUAAGAGGAAGUGGCCGUUGCAACUGGUUAGUUUGAAUCUUGCUGCCGAUAAGACUGGACGGAAUCCGUGGUUCGUCCCCUCCCAAUAUAUCACUGCAACAGCAUUCAGUUGCAUUGGGCUACAGAAGAACCACCAGCAUCACACAACGAAGCAUACAUCCCAAACUAAAGUUGAUACAAGGAAAAGAAGAGUCUGCUUUUUUAUUACCUGAUUAGUGUAGGAAGGAUUUAAGUGUCUGCACGUUUUGUAACGAUUUUUUUUUUAUGAAAAAAGUGCAGGAAUGUUGUCUUCCUGGCGAAGAAUUAGUGAUAUAAUUGCUCUGCUCUUAGAAAGCUAACGCGGUUAGCUUGAACCAGUGAUCGAAAAAUUCCUACUGCCUCUUUUUCCCUCCGUGCAAGAGCGUUGGUAGUGGGAAAGUACACACAGACAUACAACGAAUCGACGAAGAAGAGUGAACGUUUUCUGAAUAUAAAUUUUGUAGCGCUGUUGCUAAGCGAAAAACCUGACUGCACGCGGUAGUCAGUCGUGCUAAAACAGCUGUUCGACCAUAUAAAGAGAUACGGCUUGAGGCAGGGCCGCCGUAUGAGAAGUUUUAAAUUCGAAAAAAAGAAGCGCGUGUAGACGUACAAGUCGAAGAGAAGGUCUCGUUCGAAGCAAAAAAAGUGCAUUCAGUAUAUAACACUGAAAAAGGCCACGUGCGAUUUCGUAUCGAAAUAAGGAGAGGAAUUUGGUGUGCGCGAUACACACGGAAAAAGAAGGCUUGGUGCUAUCAAAAGCAUAACUGAUUGUGAUAUUAGUGUGUAUUGGUGCUCUCUCCACUAAAAAAAAUAAAACAACCCUUGAAGGGCGGUUUUCGUUAUCUUGCGAAAUAGAGUUCCGGCCACAGUUGUGCAAGUGUGGUUAUUGCUAGUCUGCCUAGGACCGUACAAUAUCCCCGUGUGAAAAGGCUUCAAAAUUGAUCCCAACAUGGCACUGGAACAGAAUGCCGCCACCGUCCGCGUCAGGGGAGACGUCCUGGAGGACUUUGUAUUGAUCUUCAGAGAGCUGCUUUCAAAGUAUCUGGAUAUAGGCGAAGAUCUGAACGUACCUGAUGACUUCACGCAGAGCGAGAUGCAGAGCGGUAUGUGGUGGCGGCACCUGGCCGCCGGUGGUUUCGCGGGGGCCGUCUCCCGGACCUGCACGGCACCGCUCGAUCGGCUCAAGGUAUUCCUGCAGGUGCAAUCAACCAAACAGCGAAUCUCAGACUGCCUGCAGUACAUGCUGAAGGAGGGCGGAGUGCAGAGCCUGUGGCGGGGCAACUUCAUCAACGUGCUUAAGAUUGCCCCGGAGUCGGCAAUCAAGUUUGCUGCCUACGAGCAGGUGAAGCGGCUCAUCCGGGGCAGCGACAAGCGCCAGCUGUCGAUCUACGAACGGUUCGUGGCCGGUGCCUGCGCCGGUGGGGUAUCCCAGACGGCGAUCUAUCCACUAGAAGUAUUAAAAACUCGACUAGCAUUAAGGAAAACCGGACAAUACAGUAGUAUAUUGGACGCGGCGAGCAAGAUCUACCGCCGCGAGGGCGUCCGCUCGUUCUACCGUGGCUACAUUCCAAACAUGCUCGGCAUCAUACCGUACGCCGGUAUCGAUCUGGCCGUGUACGAAACGCUGAAGAAGAAGUACCUCAGUCACCACGAGACGGAACAGCCGAGCUUUUGGCUGCUGCUGGCGUGCGGUAGCGCCUCCAGCACGCUCGGGCAGGUGUGCUCCUACCCGUUGGCCCUGGUGCGGACGCGGUUGCAGGCUCAAGCCGUAACGAUCGGAGCGCAGAACCCGGCCGACGGAAUCGCCACCGUCGAACCGAACAUGACGAACGUGUUCAAGCGGAUACUGCAAACGGAAGGUCCCCUGGGGCUGUACCGGGGCAUCACGCCAAACUUUAUCAAGGUGCUACCGGCCGUAUCGAUCAGCUACGUCGUGUACGAGUACUCGAGCCGCGCCCUCGGAGUGAACAUGACGUGAUUUGCUACUGUUGCCACCGAAAACGACAACAACAACAACGACCCGAUGAGACGCACUUUCCUGAAUGCCAUCAUCGUCGUCGUCGUUGCACCUGCAGCAGAAGCAGCUCUAGAACUCCUACAACUGCUACUAUCACUACAACUGCUAUUGUUACUAUUACAACAGCUAGCACUGUUGCUACUACUGCAGAAAGCGCUAAUGUUGCUAAUAUCAGCUAGCCGUUUUUAUUACGCCGCAACAUCAUCUCUUCGUCAUCGCCCGUCAUCAUCAUUUAAAUAUCAAUCGCGCCCUUCUCCCGUCGGGGCUUCCGACGGGGAGGUGGUUGAUUCCUUCAGCUAUUUAUUAAUUGAAUGAAAGUUUCCCGAACAUUGAGCAAAGGACACGGAAACUCUGCGAAAUCGUGCUUUUCCUCCCCUUUAAGUUCUGUUCGAUCUAAUGCUUAAAACAAUAGGUGUACAUAUUGCAAUUUAACUUAUUUCCCGCUCUUAUUAUUUAGUUUGUAUUUGUUUUAAGUAGUAGCAACAAAUUGAAAAAAAACCCCUCCCAAUAUAAUUUAAGUAAAUCCAAUCUUUGCAAUCAGGUCAAUUUUUUACUACUUUGAUUUUCCUUAUGAUUACAAAUAAAACAGACAAACAAGCAAAACCUUCUAACGAUUCCAGUUUCGAUUGAAGCAACGUGACAAUGUAAAAGUCACGAACCGUCUCUCUAAAUGUGGUAAUCUUAGCGGGUGACAUCUAGGGGCAAAGUCGCAAACUAGAGGUACAUUGUAUGGAAAGUGCAAACAUUAAACAGAAUCAACAACAAUUCUAAUUUAAACCUAUUUAUUUACCCAAUUCUUCGGCGUUUAGAAAAAAAUGCUUAGAUUUACAUUUAGCCAAUUUUUUAAACAGUACACCCCCCCCUCCCUCCUGAAAUCUUAAAACUAAACAAACGAAAUGUAAUACCGUCCAAUCCCCGAAGGCGUUCGGACGAUUCGGACGGAGAUGAAGCAUUCUUGCAGGCUACGAGUUUGCGAGGGCUUCCGGAUCUCAGCACCCAGCGGUGCCGGUCGGUCGGUCGGUCGGUUCGCCGCAUUCCUCGGCAGGUUCGAGAGAAGGUGACGAACGGGGAAACCCACUGUUUGGUGCUGCUGCUGGUGAAGGAAGCCCUCAAAACCAGAACAAAACCGGCGCGCAUCCGAACCAAAGCGCUUAGUUAGUGUAGAGUAAUCAAAGUCGAAAAGCUAUUAAACAAAAAAUGAAAUGUUCGUUUGGAAUGAAAACAAUAACAAUUUGCUUGUGCGCUUUUUCUUAUUACUUUUAGUUAGGUGACUUUUUCAAAAAAAAAAAAAAAAAAACACUAAAAUCAAAUGAAUUUCCCAUUCACAUGCAGACACAUGAAGAACUUGAAUUAAAAAAAAAAGAGGUCAGUGAUGGUUUUGAAAAUGAGGGGUGUGAGAGCGUGGUGCGCGCGUUGUGCUUAUGCAUUAGGAAACAAUUUAUAAGAAAUGAAAAGAAGAAAUGAUGUGAGACUGAUGGACGUUCUGGAGAAAAUGCGGGAAGAGAUCAGCAGAAGCGAGAGAAAGAAUUGAACGUAAACUAAAAUAAUAAUAAAAAAACAAACAAACAAAAAAAAUACGUGCGAAAUUUAUGCAACAACAAUUCCUCCCGGCGUGAAACGAUUCGUUAUAUUUAGACCUUUUUAGAUGUUAUAGGUAAAAAUCGCAAACUAUGAAUUCGAAAAAGAAGAGGAAAUCUGUUCAAAAAGUGAUUCCGACUGUUUCCCCCCGUAUUUUACUCGUCUUAACUACUACCUACUAUUAGAAAUCACGGAGAACGCGACAAAGGAAUGCAGUUUUGAACAGAGCGAUUCUGUGAAGGCACAAAAGAGGAAUGAGACAGUUUCAAGCGAAUAGGAAAACAAAAUACUAUGAGCCGAAAAUAUUCAGUAAAUUAACGAUAACAAUUACAACAGGAACACAAGCAGUAAAAAUCAGAAAACUCAAUGAAAUAUAAGUGAUUAUUCUUGAAA